UAGAUUAGAAGCACCAGUGCAUAAAAUAUACAAGAAGCGAUUCCCUUUACCUUCUCAUUUCUCUGUUUGAGAUUUCAGAUCAUAGGGGAGGAAAAAAAGGGGAGAAAAUGUCGAAGAAGGAUCUGUUCAAAGAACAUGUGGAAGAAGAAGAAGUGUGCAGAGCUGACUUCCCUCCUAACUUCGUGUUUGGGGUUGCCACUUCUUCAUAUCAGAUUGAAGGAGCCUGCAAUGAGGGUGGCAGGGGUCCUAGCAUAUGGGAUUCUUUUUCACACACAGAAGGAAAAAUUAUUGAUGGAAGCAAUGGUGAUGUGGCAGUUGAUCAUUAUCAUCGAUACAAGGAAGAUGUUGACCUUAUACACAAGUUCGGAUUUGAUGCUUAUAGGUUCUCCAUAUCAUGGUCUCGAAUCUUUCCAGAUGGACUGGGAACCGAAGUAAACAAAGAAGGAAUUGCCUUCUACAACAAUCUCAUUAAUGCUCUUAUUGAAAAGGGCAUUCAGCCUUUUGUAACUUUGUACCAUUGGGAUCUCCCUUUGCAUCUCCAGGAAUCAAUUGGAGGGUGGUUAGAUAAGCAAAUUGUAAAUUACUUUGCCACCUAUGCAGAUACUUGCUUUGCACACUUCGGUGACAGAGUAAAGAAUUGGAUCACUAUAAAUGAACCCCUCCAAACUGCAGUGAAUGGGUAUGAUGCUGGGAUUUUUGCUCCUGGAAGAUGUGAAAGUUCUUCAGAAGAACCAUAUUUGGCUGCACAUCAUCAGAUCUUGGCCCAUGCAACAGCUGUUUCAAUAUACAGAAGCAAGUACAAGGAUAAGCAAGGGGGACAAAUUGGGUUGGUGUUGGAUUGUGAAUGGGCAGAGGCUAAUUCUGAUAAAAUUGAAGAUAAAUCUGCCGCUGCAAGGCGCCUUGAUUUUCAACUUGGAUGGUACUUGUGCCCAUUAUAUUAUGGAGACUAUCCAGCAGUUAUGCUUGAAAAAUUAGGAGAUAAACUUCCCAAGUUUUCACAGGAAGAAAAAGUAUUGCUCUUGAACUCAUUGGACUUUCUUGGUCUUAAUCAUUAUACAUCAAGGUUUAUUUGUCAUGCAACAAGUUGUUCUGAAGAAAGUUAUUUUUAUAAAGCACAAGAGAUGGAGAGAAUUGUUGAAUGGGAAGGGGGUGAGAAGAUUGGCGAAAAGGCAGCAUCGGAAUGGCUUUACAUUGUCCCUUGGGGCCUCCGUAAGAUGCUCAACUACAUAGCACGAACAUACAAUAAUCCCCCAAUAUAUAUCACCGAGAAUGGGAUGGAUGAGGAAGACAACAACAGUUUGCCACUCAAUGAGAUCCUUGAUGACAAAUUAAGAGUCCGCUACUUUAAGGGAUACCUUGCCGCAAUUUCUCGGGCAAUCAAAGAUGGAGUAGAUGUGAGGGGAUACUUUGCAUGGUCCUUAUUAGACAAUUUUGAGUGGGCUCAAGGAUAUACCAAGCGCUUUGGUUUGGUUUAUGUAGAUUACAAGAACAACCUCACUCGGCAUCCCAAAUCUUCAGCCUAUUGGUUUUCACGGUUCCUGAAAAGUGGGGAAAAGAAAAAUGCCAAGCAAGACUAAAUUGUCUGAUUCUGAAAAUACCAUCCAUACUGUUUAAUGGACCAAGAAGAAUAAUAAAGUUUGCUCAAGUGGUUGGUCAGAGUCCAAAGAACUGAAUUAAGACCGUCUCUGAUGCUCUUCUGGUUUCUUUAAACCUAAGAUAAUAUUAACUGUCUGGUAUGCUUUCUUUACUGCGGUUUUGUUUGAUAUGCCAUAUUAUCAUGUAGUACUUUUAUUUGGAACCCCUUUGAUGUGAAAUAAGCUGGUGUGGUAUUAGUGUUGUAU